CUUAUUUUAUUUUUACAGUUCAGAAAGAAAUUAUCAGAUCGCUUUAGGUGAACUGGCUGAUUAUUAUGGCUUUAAAUGAAUAGUUAGAAGAGGGUUUUAGCGCAAUAAGUAAAUAAAAAUGAAUGAACAAAUAAUGAAAUAACUGAGCUGUACUGUGAACUGAUUGUAAUCCGCAGAUUCGCCACCAUGUCUUUGAGGACUCUGCCUUUACUGAUUAUAAAUCUGGGUGGAGAAAUGCUUUAUAUUUUGGACCAGAGACUCCGAGCUCGGAAUGAAUCAGAUGAUAAAAUACAGAAAGGUAAUCAGUGUUGGUCAGAGGACGACAGGAAAAGAGUGAUGAAUGAUAUAGUGGGUGUGAUGUUCUGUAAGGGGUUUAUGGAGGAGUCGAUGCAGCCGCAGGACAUGUACUCACAUCGAGCUCUGCGCUACAUGCUAACACGCCUGGCUCACACUUCCAUCAUGAGGCUCAACUCCACCAGCAUGGACAAGAUGUAUGACCUGAUGACGAUGGCAUUUAAGUAUCAGAUCGCCCUCUGUCCUCGGCCACGAGACUUACUGCUCGUCUCAUUCAACCACAUGGACGGGGUUCGGGAGCUCGUUAAAGACAAUCCCCGCCUCGUUAACCUCAUCAACGAGGCACAGCGUCUCAUCAUAGAGAUGUACACUCCUUUAUCAGACGGCGAGUUUCAGCUCAUACGGCAGACGCUCCUCGCUUUCUUUCAGGACAUGCGUGUCAGGGUGUCCAUUUUCCUGAAGGAGAAUCUCCAGAACGCAGACGGGAGUUUUGCAAUCCCGACGUCUGGGCCGGUGCCUCACGGCUCUGAAGUUCCCGGAUUAAUCAGGUAUGUUAACAGCCGAGGCAGGCUGGUGAGGAGGCGCGAGUUCGUGAGUGGAGGCAGCUACACCAGCACCGUGAGAGACGCUUCAUUCGACGUGUCCGGAGACCGAGUGACACGACUGGGCACUAACAUGUACGGUGUGAGCUCAGCCGAGGACACCCACACGUCAGGAAGCUCCAAACACACCUGUAAACGCCAACAGGUUUGCGAUGAUCCCAACCCUCUGGCUAAAGCAGAGCUGAACCUGUUAGCCAAGCUGAUGGGACAGAUGGAGGUUUGGGAUUCGGUUGGUGCUGAUGGAGGGAUGAGAGUGAAUCUGUUCCCCUCCGACCAGGAAGAGGACGAGGAGGGAAGGUUAUCAGCGGCGGACGAGGCGUGCGGUGUGGUGAACAUUCAGGCUGUGAAGGUGAGUCACAGCCCCGAGGCGACCUUUCAGAUUUGCAUAUUUACUGUGUGUGUUUUUCUAUUGUUAUGCCGGGAUGGGUGGAGGAUGUUUAUGCAGGUGUGUGGAAGUACACAUACACACACACACACGUCCAUGAAGCAUUUCCGACUCUGUAUUAGAGGACUGUGUGUUUAUUCUCAGGCCGACACCGAGCUGACCCGCAUCGCCGCCCAGUUCACCGAUCAGGAUGAAGCCGAGAGACCCAGCGACAAAGGAGAAGAUCUGCUGGCCAUGAUGGAUGAACUCUAAAGCACAAAGAAAUCUCUCUUACAGAAAUAUCACGCACAUUUCACGUGUGAUCAUAUGUUCUUACACGUGUGAACACAUGAAAUUCCAACACCGAACUCAAGUUAAAGUGAGACAGCAUGUGAGUAAAAUGUAAUAAAUAAAACCACAUGGGACAAUAUGACAGUUACGCCAUUUGUUUAAAAAUCACGUGGGGGGGGAAACCCAUGUGAAACGUCUGCAUGUGAAAACGCGUGAUGCGUGUGAAAAC